AUGACAUCGCAAGAGACAACAGCUUUCACUUUUUCAAGAGAGAAGUUGGAAAGUGUUUUGAAACGAAGAUUCUUCUUCGCACCAGCUUUUGAAAUUUAUGGUGGUGUUUCUGGUCUUUAUGAUUAUGGUCCUCCAGGAUGUGCCUUUCAGGCCAAUAUCGUUGAUGUUUGGAGAAAACACUUCAUUUUAGAAGAAGAUAUGCUGGAAGUUGACUGUACCAUGCUGACUCCGUUGGAAGUCUUGAAGACAUCUGGCCAUGUUGAUAAAUUUUCAGACUGGAUGUGCAGAGAUUUGAAAACUGGAGAAAUUUUCAGAGCUGAUCAUUUGAUUGAGGAAGUUUUGGAAGCUAGAUUAAAGGGUGACCAAGAGGCUAGAGGUCAGGUUGUCUCUGAGGGAAAAUCAGACGAUAAGAAGAGAAAGAAGAAGGUCAAGGAAAUCAAGGCUAUCAAACUGGACGAUGAUGUAAAGGAAGAGUAUGAACAGAUUUUGGCUAAAAUCGAUGGCUAUUCUGGUGAAGAAAUGGGUGAAUUGAUAGUCAAGCACAAUAUAGGGAACCCUGCUACCGGUGACCCAUUGGAACCCCCAAUUGAGUUCAACCUAAUGUUUGAAACCGCUAUUGGUCCAUCCGGUAACCUGAAAGGUUUCUUGCGUCCAGAGACUGCUCAAGGUCAGUUCUUGAACUUUAGCAAGUUGUACGACUUCAACAAUGAGAAAAUGCCCUUCGCCUCUGCUUCCAUUGGUAAGUCAUUUAGAAAUGAAAUUUCUCCUAGAGCAGGGCUGCUUAGAGUAAGAGAAUUUUUGAUGGCAGAAAUUGAGCACUUCGUGGAUCCAGAAGACAAAUCUCAUUCCAAGUUCGAUCUCGUCAAGGAUAUCAAGUUAAACUUUUUAUCUAAAUCUACUCAGAUUGAAGGUAAGACAGAAUGCGCCAUCAAGUCCAUUGGUGAGGCUGUUUCUGAAAAGAUGGUUGACAAUGAAACUUUGGGUUAUUUUAUUGCUAGAAUCUACCAGUUCUUAAUUACUAUUGGUGUCGAUCCUUCUAGACUGAGAUUUAGACAACAUAUGGACAAUGAGAUGGCACAUUACGCUCAAGACUGCUGGGAUGCGGAACUGCUUACCUCUUACGGCUGGAUUGAAUGCGUAGGUUGUGCUGAUCGUUCCGCUUAUGACUUAUCCGUACAUGCUGCAAGGACUAAUGAAAAGCUCUGUGUCAGAGAGAAGCUUCCGGAACCAAUUACUGUUGACAGACUGGAGAUUGAUAUUGAGAAGAAAAAAUUUGGGCCAAAGUUCAGAAAGAAUGCAGGCGCUGUUGAAAAAUGGUUGCUUGCUAGAACUGAGUGUGAACUAGAAACUCUACAGAAAGAUUUGUCGACAGAUGGUAAAAUUCUGGUUGAAAUACCAGGUAUUGAAGAGAAGAUUGAGUUGGAUGAUUCACUGAUUCAUAUUGAAAGAAGGACUAGAACUGAACAUAUCAGAGAGUACACUCCUAACGUGAUCGAACCUUCAUUCGGUAUUGGACGUAUAAUCUAUUCUAUUUUUGAGCAUGCUUUCUACCCACGUCCCGAUGAUGCUGACAGGUGUGUGUUGAAGUUGCCACCCAUUGUAGCCCCAACCAAAGUGUUGCUUGUUCCCUUGCAAACCAAUGCCGAGUUCAAGCCCAUUGUGAAGGAAAUCUCCCAAGUUUUACGUAAAGAAAAGAUUCCUUUCAAAGUUGAUGAUUCUGGGGCAUCGAUCGGUAAGAGAUAUGCUAGAAACGAUGAGCUCGGUACACCAUUUGGUAUCACUAUCGAUUUUGAUACCAUCGCUGACGGAACGGUUACUCUGAGAGAAAGAGAUUCGACCACUCAAGUCAGAGGCAGCGUCGCAGAUAUCGUAAAGGCUAUCAAGACUAUUACAUACGAUGGUUUAUCCUGGGAAACUGGCACCAAAGAUUUAAAACCUUUUGAGAGUAAAUCUGAGGAAUAG